UGGCAUUUUGGUAGAGAGAAGUAGGAAUGGUGGUCGUUUAAGGAAGAAGAUGGAAGAUUCUGAAAAAGGGUGACCAUUGAGUUCCACCAAAGCCAAGCAUUGGUAGCCUAGAGGAGUUCACACCCGAUUCCAGCUCAAAAUUCUGAUAUCUGUCACCAAUUGGUUUGUCACUAAAGACAAGAAACACACUCAUCUUCCAUCUUCCAUCCUUAUCUUCCUAACCAAUGUUUUACUAAAAAGCAAAUUGGUUUAAUAAAAAAAUCCACAAUCAGCUGAUUCUGACUCUUUUUAAAAAAGGUUAAAAAUACCAUUCAAAAUUUAAAAAUUAUUGAAUCGAGUAGAUUAUAAAAAUAGUUUACCUUUUUAAUUAUUAGUUAGAGUGUAAUUCAUUUGCUAGUAUGCAUUAUUAAUUUAUAUGUUUUGAAGUGGUGGUUAAAAGAGUGAUUGAACUGUAAAUGGAUAAUCAUACACCAGUUCGGCUAUCUGUUCGGUUUUUAAAACACGGAUCAUUGGAUCAAUUAUGGUAAAGGAAGAUGAAACAUCAUCCAGUUGUUUGCAUAAUCUCGACACCAGAAGGCAGCACAUGAGUGUUCAUAGAGUUACACAAUCUUCACCUUCUCCAAUCCUGUCCUGCGUAGAGAAGCCACCUAAACAUGCUCAUGUGCGAUUUCCAAACUCAGAUUCCAGUUCUGAUCAGUCCGCAUCAUCAUCCAACAUCUUGCAAGACAUACAUAUAUCAGAACGGUUGAUGGAGGAUUUUCUUGAACUUGCAAGAGAAAAUACGGAUAAGGAUCUUGAAACCUGUGGGGUUCUUGCUGCUUUCCGGGAAAUGGGGACUUACUAUGUAACUUCUCUCAUUAUUCCCAAACAAAAUUCAACUUCCAGCUCUUGCGAGGCUAUUAAAGAAGAAGAGUUCUUUGCAAUACAGAGCGAAGGAUCACUUUGUCCUGUGGGAUGGAUUCAUACUCAUCCUUCUCAAAGCUGUUUCAUGUCAUCAAUAGAUCUGCACACUCAAUACUCAUAUCAGGUAAUGGUGCCGGAAGCUUUUGCUAUAGUCAUGGCUCCAACUGAUUCUUCAAGGAGCUAUGGAUUAUUUCGGCUAUCGGAGCCAGGUGGGAUGGAUGUUCUAAAAGAAUGUCAAGAUACAGGAUUCCAUCCUCAUAAAGAUCCACCAAAUGGAUGCCCCAUUUAUGAGCACUGCUCCAAUGUAUUUAUAAAUUCUAAUCUCAGGUUUGAAAUCUUUGACUUGCGAUAAUAAAACUAUGUUGUAUGGAGAUGUUUCAAAUCUUCCUGUUAGAAUUAUGCCAAUAAAAUAUCUCAUUGCAUUGCUUGGGGCUAA